GUGAGCCCAGUGGGUCCUGCUGGCGCUGGGCAGGCUGGUGAUUGUGGUACCCGGUGGGGAUUGCCGAGCAGGCAGGUUGAUAGUCUCCAGCUGGAAUGGAUUGGGAGCUGGAAAAGAGAAGUCAGGGACAAGAAGAGGCUAACAUGACUGGUACCGUUAUAAUUUAGUGAACCGCCCCUUUUCUGAAGAGGAGUCCAAAGGAAGACUGGUCAUCUCUUGCAGAUCUCAAAACCAUGGCUCAGGGAUCAGUGUCAUUCAAAGAUGUGACUGUGGACUUUAGUCAGGAGGAGUGGCAGCACCUGGAUCCUGCUCAGAAGAUGCUAUACAUGGAUGUGAUGUUGGAAAACUACUGCCACCUCGUUUCUGUGGGGUGUCACAUGACCAAGCCUGACGUGAUCCUCAAGUUGGAACGAGGAGAAGAGCCAUGGACAUCGUUUACAGGUCAUACCUGUUUAGAAGAAAAGUGGAAAGCUGAAGACUUUUUAGUGAAAUUCAAGGAACAACAAGAUAAGUUUUCUAGAUCAGUUGUAUUAAUCAACCACAAAAAACUGAUUAAGGAGAACAGUAGUGCAUAUGGAAAGACAUUUACUUUAAGCAAAAACCCUAUUAAUUCAAAAAACCUACCUCCUGAAUAUGACACUCAUGGAAAGAUUUUUAAAAAUGUUUCAGAAUUAAUCAUCAGCAAUCUAAGUCCUACAAGAAAGAGACUUAGUGAGCAUAAUGGAUAUGGGAAAUCACUCCUCAGUACUAAGCCAGAGACAGCUCACUCUGGAAUCAAAUCCUAUAAUCAAUGUGGUAGGACUGUCAGUCAUAAUGAAAUGAUUAUGCAAUAUCAUGAGAUAGAAACUUCAGCACAGUCAUUUGGAUAUAAUGACUGUGAGAAAUCCUUCCUUAAAAAAGGAGGCCUAAUUAUACAUAAUAGAGCUUACAGAAGGGAAAAACCAUCUGAAUAUAAUAAAAGGAGAAGAACAACCAAUAUUGAAAAAAAGCAUAUAUGCACUGAAUGUGGGAAAUCCUUCUGCAGGAAAUCAGUAUUGAUUCUGCAUCAGGGAAUUCACACAGAGGAAAAACCCUACCAAUGUCAUCAAUGUGGAAAUUCAUUUAGAAGGAAAUCAUAUCUCAUUGAUCAUCAGAGAACUCACACUGGAGAGAAACCCUUUGUUUGUAAUGAAUGUGGUAAGUCCUUCCGCCUAAAGACAGCCCUCACUGAUCAUCAGAGAACACAUACAGGGGAGAAAUCUUAUGAAUGUCCACAAUGUAGGAAUGCCUUCAGAUUGAAGUCACACCUCAUUCGUCAUCAGAGAACUCACACAGGAGAGAAACCGUAUGAGUGUAAUGACUGUGGGAAGUCUUUCCGCCAGAAGACAACACUCUCCCUACAUCAGAGAAUUCAUACAGGAGAGAAACCCUAUAUUUGUAAAGAAUGUGGGAAGUCCUUUCACCAGAAGGCAAAUCUUACUGUACAUCAGAGAACUCAUACAGGGGAAAAGCCCUAUAUUUGUAAUGAAUGUGGGAAAUCCUUCUCUCAGAAGACAACGCUCGCUCUUCAUGAGAAGACUCAUAAUGAAGAGAAACCUUAUAUUUGUAAUGAGUGUGGAAAAUCCUUCCGCCAGAAGACAACCCUUGUGGCACAUCAGAGAACACAUACAGGGGAAAAAUCCUAUGAAUGUCCUCACUGUGGGAAGGCUUUUAGAAUGAAGUCAUACCUCAUUGAUCAUCACAGAACUCACACAGGAGAGAAACCAUAUGAAUGUAAUGAAUGUGGGAAAUCCUUCAGUCAGAAGACAAAUCUCAAUCUACAUCAGAGAAUUCAUACAGGAGAGAAACCCUAUAUUUGUAAUGAGUGUGGGAAGUCUUUUCGCCAGAAAGCAACCCUCACUGUACAUCAGAAAAUACAUACAGGGCAGAAAUCCUAUGAAUGCCCUCAGUGUGGGAAAGCCUUUAGCAGGAAAUCAUAUCUCAUUCAUCAUCAAAGAACUCAUACAGGAGAGAAACCAUACAAGUGUAAUGAAUGUGGGAAGUGCUUCCGCCAGAAGACAAAUCUCAUUGUACAUCAGAGAACUCAUACAGGGGAGAAGCCUUAUAUUUGUAAUGAGUGUGGUAAGUCCUUCAGUUAUAAGAGAAACCUUAUUGUCCAUCAAAGAACUCACAAGGGAGAAAACAUGGUAAUGCAGUAAUAAAUGAUGUGAUUUCUUUGUGAAGCCUUUCUAAGUUAUUGUAAAACUUUAGUUUUUUUAAAAAGCAUGCUUAAUGUGAAUAAGGUAAUUUUAAUCACAAAUGUAAUAAUAAUUAUUAACUUAAUGUACUAUACCACAUAACUAUUUAUCUAGCAUAUGUUUACUAGCAUAUGAAAUGGAUAUGAUCAUUGAUAUUGAACUCUUAUCAGCAAUGAAGCUAAUUUUUUACGUUUUCAAGUUCUCCUGCUGACUCAGUUUAUUUUUUUUAAUUCUUAUAUAAUACAUGCAGAAGCAAGAUACAAGGUGGUUUUAGGUAUCAGUCUCCAUAAGAGGAAGAAAUUAUGAAGUAUAUUUCUCAUUGCACUCUGUGGAAUAAAAGUUAGUUGUUACUUCCCCAAAGAUUAGCACUUCCCUGGCUUUUAACAUGAAAUAGUUUUUGCAUGUCUUUAAACUUUACGUUUUAU